AUGCUGCCAUCUCCACCUAAACGCCCAUUUAAACCUUCAUAUAGAAGCUCAAGAAAAAUAUGCUAUCAAAAUUCAUCACCCUCAUGUUUACCACUUACUCCCCCCCUCCGUGAGUGAACAAAACCAUUAGAAAAAUCCCUAUUUUUUGCACAAAAACCCACCCUCCGUGAGUGAACAAAAAUUUUUUUAAUAGAAAAAUUUUUUAUGGAAAAAAAAAUUAUAUAUAAGUGCUAAUUAUAUAAUGAAAUAUAGAGCUAAUUCUGUUUAAUUUUGAACGAAUUGCUUUUUAAAACAUAAAUUUUCUAAAUUAAAUUAAUAUUUGCUUUCCAAUCUUUGUGAAUUAGGAUUUUUUUAAAUUUUGAAAAAAAAAAUUUUAUAAAAUUUAUAUAUAAAUUUUUUUAGAAAAAAAAAAAUUAACCCCCCUCCGCGAGUGAACAAAAUUUUUUUGUUCAAUCACGGAGGGGGGAGUUAGUGUAACUUUUAUUUAGGUAACUAACACAUUUCAAAAAUUUAUGUUCAAAAUAAUUUAUAAAAAAUUUAAACGGAUUAUCCUUGCCUUAUGUAGAGGUAUGGAUUCAAACGCUUUUCAAAAAAUAAGCCCUCAGCUUGCAGCACUUAUCAAAAACAGAAAAAAUAGUGUAGAAGUAAUGUUUAGACUGUAUGGGGAAACCUGACCUCCUAUGAUUGUUUACAAAGCUAAGGCAGAGCAUUUUAAAGUGAUAGGAUUCAAAUAUCAGGAACUGAAUUUCGACUAUAAAUGAAAUAUAUUAUUUUCUGAUACUCCAAUAGAGAGAAACAAAUCAUCGCUGCCUCCUCUGAGAAAUAUAAGAAUAUCUAGGGCAAGAACUAGAAAUUAUGAUAGAGAAAUCAACAAAAAAUAUCAAGUGUGAUCUAGAAAUCCACUUGCAGCAUAUGUACGAAGAAGCCUUUCUGUUCAAUUGGAAACUAGAAUUGAUAUUGAAUACAGAAAUUAUUGGAAAAAAUUAGGAGUUCUAGUAAUAAAAUGACAUGAAUCAAAAAAGACUGAUUAG